GUCCAAACCUUUUCAACGAAAACUCUUCACAGGGCGACUGAAAGCCUCUCAGAUUCUGAUUCUGACCAACUGACCUUCACCAUACUCUCUCUUUCUCUUUCUCUCUCUCUCUCUCUCUCUCUCUCUCUCUCCUGCAAUUGUACUCUAGCUUAGUCCUCAACAGAUAGAAAGGGAGAGGGCGUUUUGAUUGUUGGAUUUUCGGUUUUGCUAUGGACGCAGCAGCUCAGCUCGUCUACUGUGGAAUCGAGCCGCUCCGGCGCACACUAACGUCUCGCACUGGCCCUUCCCAUUCAAAGAAGAGAACCAGUAAUAACCGAUGCUUGUUUCCCGCCAAAACUGCGUCUCGGAGACGGAGCUUCGUUGUUGCUGUCGCCACUGAGCCCAAGCCGGUCGACACCAGACCUUCCAGUUCCAGAACUCCACCGCCGAAGCCGGUUAAUGGAGUUUCUACGAAAAUGGGGAAUGUUUCACAGGAGAUUAAGAGAGUAAGAGCACAAAUGGAAGAGAAUGAACAGUUGGCGAUACUUAUGAGAGGUCUCAGGGGUCAGAAUUUGACAGACUCGCAAUUUGCGGAUGACAAUAUUAAGCUUCGGCUAGUCGAGGUUGACGAAAGCUGUGAUUCUUUGCCUUUGGUUUAUGAUCCUGUUAGCAUUUCUUCAUACUGGGGAAAGCGGCCUCGUGCUGUUGCAACACGCAUUGUCCAGCUACUCUCUGUUGCUGGUGGUUUUCUUUCCCGUCUUCUCUUGGAUGUGAUAAACAACAAGGUCAAAGAGAAUGAAGUUGCACGAGCCAUUGAAUUACGGGAGAUUGUAACUUCUUUGGGUCCAGCAUAUAUAAAACUUGGACAAGCAUUGAGCAUUCGACCAGAUAUACUAUCACCUGUAGCAAUGACUGAGUUGCAAAAACUGUGUGAUAAGGUCCCGUCAUUUCCAGAUGAUGUAGCUAUGUCCCUUAUCAAAGAGGAGCUUGGUCAGCCAUGGCAUGAAAUCUAUUCUGAACUUUCUUCCUCCCCUAUCGCUGCUGCAUCUCUGGGUCAGGUAUACAAGGGCCGCCUAAAAGAGAAUGGUGAUUUAGUGGCCGUUAAGGUACAACGGCCUUUUGUUCUUGAGACUGUGACAGUUGAUCUAUUCGUCAUCCGGAACUUGGGUUUGUUUCUUCGAAGGUUUCCUCAGAUCUCUGUUGAUGUUGUUGGGCUAGUAGAUGAAUGGGCUGCUCGUUUUUUUGAGGAACUUGAUUAUGUUAAUGAGGGUGAAAAUGGAUCACGUUUUGCUGAAAUGAUGAGAAAGGACCUUCCACAGGUAGUCGUACCUAAAACGUACCAAAAAUAUACUUCAAGAAGGGUUCUGACAACAGAAUGGGUAGAAGGAGAAAAGCUAUCACAGAGUACUGAAAGUGAUGUUGGAGAACUGGUCAAUGUUGGUGUAAUAUGCUAUCUUAAGCAGUUACUUGAUACUGGCUUUUUCCAUGCUGAUCCACAUCCUGGGAAUUUAAUCCGUACUCCAGAGGGGAAGCUGGCUAUACUUGACUUUGGCCUUGUGACAAAAUUAACUGAUGAUCAAAAGUAUGGAAUGAUUGAAGCAAUUGCACACCUUAUACAUCGUGACUAUGAAGCUAUAGUCAAAGAUUUUGUUAAGCUUGAUUUCAUUCCAGAAGGUGUUAAUUUAGAACCCAUCUUGCCAGUUCUGGCCAAAGUUUUUGAUCAAGCACUUGAAGGUGGUGGGGCAAAAAAUAUAAACUUUCAGGAAUUGGCAUCAGAUUUAGCUCAAAUAACAUUUGAUUAUCCAUUCCGAAUACCACCAUAUUUUGCACUAAUAAUCAGAGCCAUUGGGGUGCUAGAAGGCAUCGCAUUAGUGGGAAACCCUGAUUUUGCUAUUGUAGAUGAAGCCUAUCCAUAUAUUGCGCAGAGACUCCUAACAGAUGAAUCCCCGCGUCUUAGGAAUGCAUUGCGCUACACAAUAUAUGGAAAAUCUGGAGUUUUUGAUGCUGAAAGGUUCAUUGAUGUCAUGCAAGCUUUUGAGAACUUCAUAACUGCAGCUAAAAGUGGAGGUGGAGAGAACCUUAAUGGCAAUAUGGCUGAGCUUGGCCUUUUACAAAGCCAGACAGGUGCUAUCAUCCCAACUUCUCUAUCUGGAACAUCUCAGCCAGUCCAGCCAGUUCAAACAAGAGCAGCUCUGGCUUUUUUGUUGUCUGACAAAGGGAACUUUUUCCGAGAAUUCCUUCUAGAUGAGAUUGUGAAAGGGAUUGAUGCAAUUUCAAGAGAUCAGUUGGUUCAAAUAAUGGCAACUGUAGGAUUGCAAAAUUCAGCCCCAGUAUUUAGUGUGAUGCCUGCUCUAGGUCCUCUUAAGCCUUCAACCCUUGUACCAACUAUCACAGAAGAGGACAAAGUUAUAUUGAACAAUGUUCAGAAAGUUGUUGAAUUCUUAACUGCUGGAGCUUCAGAAUCAACAUCAAAUCAGAAUGUAAACGUUGUUAAGGUUGUCCAAGAACUUCUUCCGGUGUUGCCAGGCAUCACAGCACGAGUUCUCCCUGAGGUGCUCAGUCGGUUAUCUUCACGGGUGUUUGCACGCUUAAUUCGGGAAACCUUCCUGUGAGGAACCCAAUGUGACGACAACUGAAGUUUGACCUCUUGUACAAAAUUCCUUAUCCAUGAAUGCCUUAUUUUUGUUUCUUCAAUUUUCUAUUGAAAGAAAGAAAGAUAUGUUUACAGAAUGAUAUAUGGUGUAACGAAGGUAAAUGAUUAAGCCAAGGGGGUGCCUGAUCAACAGGCCAAUUGGUAUAUGCCACAAAACAAGAGAGGUGACUACUUGAUUCGUCAUUUUUUCUUUAUAUUAUGUAUAUAAACAAAUUAUAGCUUUUGAAAUAUAACGUCCAUUAUCCAAUUUUAGA